AUGGUACCUCUUGUUACCGUUUUUUGGUACCGUACUUCUUGUACGUACAAUAACCUUUUCUGGUACCGUACCUUCUAUCACUGUACCUCUUGUACCGUACUUUUUGUUAUUGUACCUCUUGUUACCGUACCUUUGGUACCGUACCUUGGUACCGUACCUUUGGUACCGUACCUUAUCACCGUUGUGGUACCGUAUCUUUUAUUACUGUACUUUACUUGA